CGAUCAUCAACAUGAGCGGAAGAGGCAAAACCGGUGGUAAGGCCAGAGCAAAGGCUAAGACUCGUUCAUCCAGGGCUGGGCUUCAGUUCCCCGUGGGCCGUGUGCACAGACUGCUGCGUAAAGGCAACUAUGCCCAGCGUGUCGGCGCUGGUGCACCGGUGUACUUGGCUGCCGUGCUCGAGUACCUGACUGCUGAGAUCCUGGAGUUGGCCGGUAACGCUGCCCGUGACAACAAGAAGACCCGUAUCAUCCCCCGCCAUCUGCAGCUGGCUGUGCGCAAUGACGAGGAGUUGAACAAACUGCUUGGUGGAGUGACCAUCGCUCAGGGUGGUGUGCUGCCUAACAUCCAGGCAGUGCUGCUGCCCAAGAAGACCGAGAAGUCCAAGUAAACCAGCUCCCCCCAAGUCUCCUAAACAAAGGCUCUUUUAAGAGCCACCCAAAUGUCUAUGAAAACAAAUUCCAAAUUGACUUGACGUGGUGUGUGUGGUGUCAUGUAUACGUAC